UUCUCGCUUGGCAACACCAUGGGUCAUUUUCGAUGCAUCGCUGGCCUGCUGCUGCUGCUUUGCUACAUCGGGCAGCUGGAGUCGUCUGAGCCCGUCUCGGCGCCUAAACGCAUCAGGUGCGUGAAGUUGUGCCCGAAGGGUCAACGCUGCGAACUACGUCGCCGGUGCUACUAUGGCUUCUGCCUCGGCUACCACCAGGUGUGCGUCAAGUCGCUAGCUCCCGCAAAGGAGCGUCCCCCCAGCUGCCAGAACGUCCGCUGCGGCCGUCUGCAGACCUGCGUGCUGCAGCAGGUCAUUUGUUUCCGCGCGCCAUGCUACCCCGUGCCGGUCUGUAUUCCCGAUCGGUGCGCUACGGUCCGAUGCGGAACUGGCACAGUCUGUGUGACAGUGAGAAGGCAUGACUCGCGACCCGCUUGCAAAGACUUCCCCAGAUGCCAGUUCACUGUCAAAUGUGUGCCACGGGCCAAGCCCAAGCCCGGCUUCUGUCCGCCGCCGGAGCAGGUGUCCCAGGCCAACGUCAACCUCUGCCAGUAUGACAACGACUGCGCAUCCAACCUGCUCUGCUGUCCGGGCGCAUCCAGAGGGGGACUCAACUGCACCGCCCCCGCCUUCCCCGACCCGUGCGCCAACAAGAAGUGCCCCCCGCAUGCACCAACUUGUGUCGCGGGUGCUUGUUUAGAUCGGGUGUGCACACCCGGGAACUUCCACUGCACCGGCGGGAAACAGUGCUUCUGUUCUCGAAGAGCCGAAAUAGUUUGUACAGACGUGCCAGCGGCUUCCGGGUGUUGAGUUUUUUUCCUAUUUGCUUUUUGAGUGAGAUAUUUGAUAAAAUUAAGGAUGCAUUGCAGAUGUAGAAUAUAUUGUCAGCAUUAACACGCCGGUGUCUGUUUUCAUUGGAACCAAGUGCAACUGCUGUUCACCCGUCGUUUUGAAGCGUUUGUAAUGCUAAAUAACCGGACGCUGGCAAAAGCAUA